AUGAAACGUCUGGGAAUGUAUCAAGUUUACGAUCCGACUCUGGAGAUUAUCAUGCAUACUAUGGAUUCUCCACGAGAUCAAUCGAGCUCAUCUAAAGUUAUCACGGCCGUUAAUGCUUCAGACUUAUCUGAGGACAUAUCUCAGAUAAAGUCCUGCUCGCAGGAGUCACCGCCCCAUGAUGGUGAUUCGCAGGCACGCAAAGAGAAUGGGACAGAGAAGCCAGAAGUAGAGGAUGAAGAUGGAAGUGAUUUCGACGAUGAAGACGAUGACGACGGAGAGGACAUUCCUACAGCUCUACCUCUCAUUCCAGCUAGCUUAUGGACUCAAAACAACAUUGUAGAAUUUAAGAAGGAAAUUCUUACUACACAACGCGAGUGCUGUAUCAGUAUUAGCUCAUUAGCCUGUGCUACUCUCGCAAAAAGCUAG